AUUGUGGACAUAUAUUAUCUGUGCAAGUCAAGAUUUCAGGAAGCUAACCUAGCUAGAUAGAGUUCUGAACACCCACAUUGCCAUUGCAUUAUCUCUCUUCUUUUUCUCCACUACCCUUUUGCAGAAAUUAAAGCCUCUGAUAUUCCACACCCAUUGCCCAUUCUCCCUUGUUUAAGAAUAUACCAUUGUUACCUUGGUGGCACUCUGAGUUUUUCUCCGCCUAAUGAGUGCCAUCACGGUAGUAAAAGGCCGGCCAUCUUUGUGAAUCUUGAGGUUUCAUUUUUUCUUAUUAUUUUGGGUGGCAAUGGCGGUUUCAGAGCGAACUAAAUGGGCUCUACUAAUGACGGGGAGAGCUGUGAACGAUGUUCUCGGUUUUGUCGUCUUCUCCGUCCUCGACAUUCUGGAUUUUGUCUUGUGUUACACUUACAAAGUGAUAGAUUUCAUCGUGGAAGCGGAGUGGAGGUCGUGUUACUGUUCCUCGUCCAAGGAAGCCAUAACCAACGGCGGCACGAUCUUGGUGUCGGAGCAAGGAGAGUCCAAGAUUUUGUGUCUAACCUCUUCUAGCAAGUUGCAGCUAGAAGAGGUUUCGGACACUCUGUAUACCCGGCCGUCGUUGGUGACCCAAGUCUCCAAAUCCACCGUGAAUGAGCUGAAGAUGCGGCGCAGAGUGGAGAGCAUUCGCCAAUCUUGCGGCGAGCAUCAUCAUAACAGGAUGAAGAAGGGCAGGGUGAGAUCAAAGUUCACCAUCAACUCCACCAUUGUUGAAAUCCUUCAAGGGAGGAUCGGAGGGAAGCCGUCGCAUCCCAUUCCCAGAUGGUCGGAUUGUGAUUGCGAGACUUGCAAUUCUUGGGCAUCUUCUUGCAAAGACACAUUAUUCGUCAAAGUCGAUGGCGCCAAAGAAAAUGCGCAAGAAGAUGUGUUGUUCAUCCACGGAUUCAUUUCCUCUUCUGCAUUUUGGACGGAGACGCUAUUUCCCAACUUCUCAAAGUCUACAAAAUCCACGUACCGGUUGUUUGCGGUAGAUCUGCUUGGGUUUGGGAGAAGUCCCAAGCCAACAGACUCCCUUUACACGUUACGAGAGCACCUAGACAUGAUCGAAAACUCCGUCCUCCACCCCUACAAGGUCAAGUCUUUCCACAUCGUGGCCCAUUCUUUGGGGUGCAUUUUGGCCCUCGCGCUUGCGGUCAAGCAUCCCGGACUAGUCAAGUCCCUCACAUUACUCGCCCCACCAUAUUUUCCGGCACCGAAGGGGGAACGAGCGACGCAGUACACAAUGAGACAAUUGGCGCCGAGACGGGUGUGGCCGCCGAUCGCGUUCGGGUCGUCCGUGGCGUGUUGGUACGAGCACGUAAGCCGGACGGUGUGUCUUCUCAUCUGCAAAAACCACCGCGUCUGGGAUUUUCUCACCAAACUCAUAACCAGAAACAGGAUAAGAACGUAUUUAGUGGAGGGAUUUUGCUGCCACACGCACAACGCUGCAUGGCAUACCCUACACAACAUUAUUUUCGGAACGGCCUGCAAAAUGGAAGGGUAUUUGGAGGUAGUGAAGAACCGGCUGAAGUGUGACGUGACGGUUAUCCAUGGCCGAGACGACGAGCUCAUCCCGGUGGAGUGCAGCUACAACGUGCAGUCAAGAAUCCCCCGGGCGCACGUUAAGGUGGUGGAGGACAAAGAUCACAUCACCAUUGUUGUUGGGCGGCAGGAGGCUUUUGCUAGGGAACUUGAACAAAUUUGGAGAAACUCAAGCAGUUCAACUACCUAGGUUCAAUAUAUACGUGUUGUGCAUCCUCUGAUGGUCCGAAACAACCACCCUACAUAAAUUAUUAUCUUGUGUCCGGUUUAAGGAAAUUGGACCGAGAAAUUCUGAUGUCCAUAAGGAAAUUAGGAGUUGAUCUUGCUUGAGUGGGCAAGUUAUAAUAUAUAGUACUCCCUACAUAUAUUGCUAAAUGUGUUACCGGGUUGGGAUGUCAAGUAUUUCUAUUUUAUUAUAUAAAGUAUUAUCAUAAGAAAAAAAAAACCCGAAAA